CACACACCUUGAGGAAUACUCAUCACAUUUGUGUACUUUUUCUUUCACGCAAAUUUGAAGCGUUGUUCGUCUGUAGGCCAAUUCAUUCAGUCGGUUCGCGUUGCUCGUCGCCGCCAUAUUGUUAUUUGUUUGGCAAAAGCCGCCGCUAUAGCGCAGUUUGCUGGCGAAUUUUCAUUGUCCCCGCUGGUGAGUGUUGGAAUUUGAAACCGGAAGCAGCAUCCGUAGAAGGUUGGCUGGAAUCGGACUCCGCUGGAUGCGCCGUUAAACUGUUGCCAAUAUGUCGAAUAUCGUGCUUGAUAAGGAUUGCUUCUAUCGUCGGAUAAAACGCUUGUAUGUAAACUGGAAGGAACCGGAUUUCUCGCAUGAUGAUUCGUUAUCGAAGGUGGAUUGUAUCCUGACGGCGGUCGGGGUAGACGAGGAAACGAUAUACAGCAAAUCAACCUCGUUGCAAACCUGGAUGUUGGGUUACGAGUUGACCGACACGAUCACUCUACUGUGCGAGAAGGCGAUAUAUUUUCUUACCAGCAAGAAGAAGAUCGAUUUCCUCAAACAGAUUGAGAAAGAACCGGAGGAGGGUAUGCCCAGCGUGAAGCUGCUGGUUCGCGAUAAGAGUGACAAAGAUAAGGCGAACUUUGAAAAACUGUUGGAGGCAAUCAAAGCGUCUAAAAAUGGCAAAACACUCGGAGUGUUCACCAAAGAUAACUUUCCGGGCGAGUUCUGUGAAUCGUGGCGGGCCUUUCUUAAGGAUAAAUCAUUCGAAAGUCUAGACAUCAGCGUUCCAAUCGGUUACAUCAUGUGCACCAAGGAAGAUUCCGAAAUUAUAACCAUUAAGAAGGCUUGCCUAGUAACGGUGGAUGUAUUCAGCAAGUACCUUAAGGAUCACAUCAUGGAAAUAAUCGACGCAGAUAAGAAAGUGAAACACUCCAAGCUGUCGGAAGGGGUCGAGCAGGCAUUGACGGAUAAAAAGUACGUAACUGGAGUGGAUGUCAACCAGUUGGACAUGUGCUACCCAGCAAUCAUACAGUCGGGUGGAAACUACAGUUUGAAGUUCAGCGCAUUCAGCGAUAAAAAUUAUCUUCACUUUGGGUCAAUUAUUUGCGCACUGGGAGCACGCUAUAAGUCCUACUGCUCGAACGUUGUUCGUACGUUGCUGGUCAACCCAACGGAUACCAUUCAGAAGCACUACAACUUUCUACUUAAUUUGGAAGAAGAGCUACUAAAAGUGAUGAUUCCGGGAAAGAAGCUCUCCGAGGUGUACGAUACUGGCUUGGCGUACGCCAAGAAAGAGGAGCCCAAAUUGGUGGAUAAAAUAACCAAAACAUUUGGGUUCGCUGUGGGGUUGGAGUUCCGAGAGAACUCGAUGAUUAUAGGACCGAAGGGUGCCGCUGUAUUAAAGAAGGGAAUGGUUUUCAGCGUUAACGUUGGUUUGUCUGGAUUGGAGAACAAGGAAGCUUCUGAUAAGGAAUCGAAAGUUUACGCGCUCUUCGUCGGAGAUACGGUACUGGUUAACGAUGAACCUCCGGCGAGUGUUUUGACGCAGUCGAAGAAGAAGAUUAAAAAUAUUGGUAUUUUCCUGAAAGACGACGAAGAAGAUGACGAAGAGGAAGAGGAAAAGACAAAAAAGGGUCCAGAGAUAUUGGGUCGCAGCGGCAAACGGUCGACCGUUUUGGAGAGCAAGUUACGUAAUGAACAAAAUUCCGAGGAGAAGAGAAAGCAGCAUCAGAAGGAACUAGCGAUUGCCCUCAACGAAAAGGCAAAAGAACGAUUAGCGAAACAAGGGGGUGGCAAGGAAUCCGAGAAGGUGCGGAAGUCCACUGUAUCCUAUAAGAGUGUUAAUCAAAUGCCGAGAGAGCCAGAAAUAAAGGAGUUAAAACUGUUCGUCGAUCGUAAAUAUGAAACCGUGAUAAUGCCCAUUUUCGGAGUAACGGUUCCGUUCCACAUCUCCACCAUCAAGAACAUAUCCCAAUCGGUGGAGGGCGACUACACCUACCUUCGUAUUAACUUCUUCCAUCCGGGUGCAACAAUGGGUCGCAAUGAGGGAGGAAUGUAUCCGAACCCUGAUGCAACUUUCGUUAAAGAAGUAACCUAUCGUUCGACGAAUACCAAAGAGCCGGGCGAGUUAGCCGCUCCAUCAUCGAAUUUGAACACCGCAUUCCGGUUGAUCAAGGAAGUGCAGAAACGCUUCAAGACUCGCGAAGCGGAGGAACGCGAAAAGGAGGAUCUGGUUAAGCAAGACACCCUUCUGCUGUCACAAAACAAAGGUAAUCCCAAACUGAAGGAUUUGUAUAUUCGACCGAACAUCGUUAGUAAACGUAUGACUGGAUCGCUGGAAGCCCAUGUCAACGGAUAUCGUUACACCUCAGUUCGAGGCGACAAGGUUGACAUUCUGUACAACAACAUCAAGAGCUCGUUCUUUCAACCGUGCGAUGGUGAGAUGAUUAUUCUGCUGCACUUCCAUCUGAGGCAUGCGAUAUUGUUCGGCAAGAAAAAGCACGUCGAUGUACAGUUCUACACCGAAGUCGGUGAGAUCACGACCGAUUUGGGUAAACACCAGCACAUGCACGAUCGUGAUGAUCUGGCCGCGGAACAAGCCGAACGGGAACUGCGGCACAAGCUGAAGACGGCCUUCAAGAGCUUCUGCGAGAAGGUGGAAGCGAUGACCAAGCAGCAGAUCGAGUUCGACACGCCUUUCCGAGAUCUGGGCUUCCCGGGGGCACCCUUCCGUAGUACAGUAUUACUGCAGCCAACGUCCGGCUCGCUGGUCAAUCUUACCGAAUGGCCACCGUUCGUGAUCACGCUGGAGGACGUCGAGUUGGUGCACUUCGAGCGUGUCCAGUUUCAUCUGCGGAAUUUCGAUAUGGUGUUUGUGUUCAAGAACUACGCCCAGAAGAUCGCGAUGGUGAAUGCGAUUCCGAUGAACAUGUUGGACCACGUGAAGGAAUGGUUGAACUCUUGUGACAUCCGCUAUUCGGAGGGUAUUCAAUCGUUGAACUGGGCAAAGAUCAUGAAAACCAUCACGGACGAUCCGGAGGGCUUCUUCGAUAACGGAGGCUGGACGUUCCUCGAUCCGGAAUCGGACGGUGAAGGCGAAGCGAACAGUGAAACGGAGGACGAGGAGGACGAUGCCUAUGAGCCAACCGACGAUGACGACGAGGAAGAGUCCGAUUCGGAGGACUACUCAGAAGCGUCCGAAGAUGACAGUGCAAGUGAAGAAGAUCUUGGCUCGGACGAAGAAUCUGGCAAGGAUUGGUCCGAUCUGGAACGCGAAGCAGCCGAAGAGGACCGCAACCGGGACAAGGAUGAUUUCGUCGAUGAUCGCCAAGCGCCCUCCAAAAAGCGUUCGCAUCAUAGACGAGAUCGAGGAACGACAUCAUCCUCUAUCAAAAAGAAGCGGCCAGAUGUGCACAGCUCAUCGAAAAGCAGCAGUCGCGACAAACACCAUAAGGACAAACACAGUGACAAGCACAAGGAUAAGCACCGGAGCAGCAGCGGCAGCAGUAAGCACCACAAUAACAGCAGCGACAAACAUAAGAGCAGUAGCAGCAGCAGUCACAAACGCUCUCGAGAUGAUAGCAGAGAAAGCUCUCAUCACAGCAGCAAAAAAUCCAGGAAGUAGAGAAGGCAUCCUGCUUGUCGUGUCUUCGCGCAGAGCAUCAUCGUAUUCUCGUUGUGGAUAGUUUGGGAGCCCGUUUCGAAGAGAUUCCUGCAGGUGCUUUAACACAAAAUCUAUUUCUGUAAGAACUGUUAUUUUACGCUUUUGUUUCCAUUGGAGGGCUUUUGAACACAUUAUUACAUCCUAGAUUAUUUUUUAACACUGUAGGAUUACUUAAAAUAUUACUCACUAGAAGCGAUAAAAUCGGACACAACUGCUGGUACAAUCGCUAAUAUCUUUGGAAUACUUGUCGAACCAUUUAUAUCGGCUUGUUAUCAUUAAUGGAGUUCAAUUUUGCCAUUAAACAUAUUCAAUGAAAUUGUCCAAAAGAUCCGAUACGUGUAUGCUUGAACCGGAAAGAUCGGCACAAGAAGAGAGAAUGAGAAUCGAAAUGACCAUGGAAAUAAAUGUCGGUAGUAUUACGCAGAAAUUA